AUGAAGUAUUCUACCCUUUUCACCAUUGCUGCAUUCUUAUGUUCAUCUUCCUUGGCUGCUACUCUUCCUGAAGAAAAUUAUUCAACUUUAAGUCCUUCAGCUCAUGCUUUAUCAGGUGCAACCACUGAUUUUACUGGUACUUUUGGUAUUCAAAUUGUCACUGUUGAAUCUGCAUCUGCUCUUUCAACCGAUAAAUCAACUUCUACUUUAACUAAAGAUAAAAGAGCAGUAGCCACUCCUGUUGCACAAAUUUCCGAUGGUCAAAUUCAACACCAAACCACAGCUGCUCCAGUUCAACAAAUCUCAGAUGGUCAAAUUCAACAUCAAACAAAAGCAACUACUACUGCUAGUCCUGUUAAACAAAUUUCUGACGGACAAAUUCAACACCAAACAAAAGCCACUACUACUGCUAGUCCUGUCAAACAAAUCUCAGAUGGUCAAAUUCAACACCAAACUAAAGUCACUACCACCGCUUCCCCAGUGAAACAAAUCUCAGAUGGUCAAGUCCAACAUCAAACCAAAGCUACUACUACCGCUUCCCCAGUUAAACAAAUCUCCGACGGACAAAUCCAACACCAAACCACUGCUGCUUCUGCUGUUAAACAAAUUAGUGAUGGUCAAAUCCAACAUCAAACUACUGCAUCAGCUAUCAAGCAAAUUAGUGAUGGUCAAAUCCAACAUCAAACCACUGCUACUGCUGCUGCCCAAAUUAGUGAUGGCCAAGUUCAACAUCAAACUACUGCCACCGGUGCUGCUCAAAUUACUGAUGGUCAAGUUAAUGCCAACUCAGAUUCAUCUGCUUCUACUACUGCCAAAGACGAUAGUGAAGAUGAUGAUGACUCCCUUCCACAAGCUUGUUCUGCUGAAAACAACUUAGAAAUGACUUUACAUGAUGGUGUUUUGAAAGAUUCUUUAAACAGAUGGGGUAGUAUUGUUGCUAAUCGUCAAUUCCAAUUUGAUGGUCCAAUUCCUCAAGCUGGUGUUAUUUACUCUGCUGGUUGGUCAAUUAGAAACGGUUACUUGUAUUUGGGUGAUUCUGAUGUUUUCUACCAAUGUUUAUCUGGUGAUUUCUACAAUUUGUAUGACGAAAAUGUCGCUGCUCAAUGUUCUGCCGUUAAAUUAAGUGUUAUUGAAUUUGUUGAUUGUUAA